AGCGUGCCACGCGAGGUGCCGGAGUUGCUUUGCUCCUGCCCGGGAUUUCAUCUCUCUCUCUCCCCCUUUACCCCACCCUUGGUCUUUUCUCUCUCUCUCUCUCUCUCUUUUUUUAUUUUGCAACCCUCCCCCCCUCCUGGGGUGGUGGUGGACCCGGACCGGGCGCAGAGGACGUUUCCUGAAGCUGUCCCGUUAACGCACCAUGUCAGAGCCCAUCACGCUCAACGUUGGUGGGAAGCUGUACACCACGUCGCUGUCCACCUUGACCAGUUUCCCAGACUCCAUGCUGGGCGCCAUGUUCAGCGGGAAAAUGCCAACCAAGAGGGACAGCCAAGGCAACUGCUUCAUCGACAGAGACGGGAAGGUCUUCCGCUAUAUCCUCAACUUCCUGAGGACCUCUCACCUGGACCUCCCCGAGGACUUCCAAGAAAUGGGCCUCCUGCGGCGGGAAGCGGAUUUUUACCAGGUGCAACCAUUGAUUGAGGCCUUGCAGGAGAAGGAGGUGGAGCUCUCGAAAGCGGAGAAGAACGCUAUGCUCAACAUCACCCUGGAUCAGAGGACUCAGACGGUUCACUUCACCGUCCGGGAAGCCCCGCAGAUCUACAGUCUGUCCUCGUCCAACAUGGAAGUGUUUAGCGCCCACAUUUUCAGCACCUCUAGCUUGUUCUUGAAGCUGCUGGGCUCCAAACUGUACUACUGUUUCAACGGCAACCUAUCAUCGAUAUCGAGCUACUUGCAGGAUCCUUACCAUGUCACCUUGGACUGGGUGGCGAGCGUGGAGGGCCUACCAGAGGAGGAGUACACCAGGCAAAACUUGAAGAGGUUGUGGGUCCUGCCGUCCAAGAAGCAAAUUAACACUUUCCAGGUGUUUGUGGAGGAGGUCUUGAAAAUCGCCAUGAGCGACGGGUUUUGCGUCGACUCCUCUCACCCGCACGCCUCGGAUUUCAUGAAUAAUAAGAUUAUCCGACUCAUUCGGUACAAGUAGACUCAUUAUCUCUGACCUCUCGUUCCUCUGUAACUAUACCGAUGUGUCACAGUGAUACCUUGACACACAGUUAUGUAUUCACACUCCAUGAAAUGCCAUGCUAAUCUGAAUCUCUAACGGGGUUCACUAACCUAGGCAGAAACUCUAGAACCGGGAGGGGUAAUAAACCUAUACGAGUAGGUCAUGCAAGGGAACUGAUCGUCUCCAUUAGGCUUCAUGGGGAUUUUGGGCCCCAUUUGCGCUGGUUCCCGUUCCUCCAAGGAGCAUUACGGGGAAGCGCCUUGUUCGUUAUUUCACUGCGGUGUUGGCACCGGCUAUGACGUCCAGAUUUAUGAGGGGAAGGAAACAGCGUGUGCUUCUUUCUUCUCUUUUGCGGGAUUGAUGCCGCCGUGCCCUGGCAGACAAAAGAUUGAAGUCAGGGCAGGAGUUAUGGUGAGGAACACAUGUACUUGUAGUAUAAUAAAUGCGCCCACGUCUGCUUUGGAAAAAAUCAGCAAUUCUGAUAGUUUACGUAAAGAUUCCGCUAAAAAUGUGACUCGCUUUAACCUCUCUGCCUCAGCUUUCUCAGUGGACAACGAAGUACCAGAAAAGAUCAGUCGGGAGGCUCAAAUUGGGGAUCUAGGUGUUGCAUAGCAAUUAAUGAGAUCACGAGUGGUAGAGACUCUUGAAAUAGGCACGUCGUGAUAAUCACUAGAGUAGAUUCCCUCUUCUGUUACAUUGUACCUCCCCUGGCACACGGACAGAAAAUCGCUCUUGCGUUCUGGAGAGCAUCAGUUUUGACUUUACGUUCUUUUGAACCUGGCCACCAGGGGUGGAAUUCUAGCAGGAGCUCCUUUGCAUAUUAGGCCACACACCCUUGAUGUAGCCAAUCCUCCAAGAGCUUACAAGGCUUCUUUUUGUAAGCUCUUGGAGGAUUGGCUACAUCAGGGGUUUGCGGCCUAAUAUGCAAAGGAGCGCCUGCUAGAAUUCCACCCCUGCUGGCCAUUAAUCAUUACUAUGUUUAAGCCGGGUAGAGGAAAUGUCCCACCACAACUGAUAUAUCCCCUGUGAUCAAAAAAUGGGACAUGUCUCAAUUGAUGUCAAUCUGCCUGCUUUUUUCUCGCCCCCCGCCCACCAAGUAGAAAGGUGUUAGUAACCUUCAAAUUUUACAAACAGCGUGCGUGAAUAAUAUAGAUCUAGUUAAAUCCUGAUGUGGUUUUGGAGUCUAAUUUUAUCACCUUCCCUUAGAAUUGCCCCUGCUGUUUUAAUGUUCCCCUGCGGUACUUUUCACCACACUUGAUUUCUGUUGCUUCUCUUCGGUGACUUCCUUCUGCUUGGGUGUCAACAUGACCAAAAAAGUUCCCCCUUCCUUGUCUGGUCCCCGUACCUUUUCUGAAGGCGACGUCUCAUGCCUCUUUCAAACAUGGUGGACAAUGUGCAAGUCUGGCACAUCUCUAUGCCAACAUCCUGAUGAACUCCAAAGAAAUGUUAAGUCACAGGCUUCACCUGUGGCACAGGUGUGUGGGAGAGAUCACAAGACUUAUCCAUAAAGUCCAGGGCUUUUUGUUGUUGCAGGAACUCUUUGCAUAUUAGGCCACACCCCCUUGAUGUAGCCAAUCCUCCUGGAGCUUACAGUAGGUCCUGUGCUAAGAGCCCUGGAAGCUCUUGGAGGAUUGGCUACAUCAGGGGGUAUGGCCUAAUAUGCAAAGCAGUUCCUGCUACAAGAAAAGCCCUGUUAUAGCAGUGGAACCACCAUGAAAGUUGAUGCUGUGAACUGACCCUUAAGGCUACCACGUCUGAGUAGAGAAUGAGGCGAUGCCAUAAUCCAUUUGAUUUAAACGAAACCAAGGAUAAGCGUGAAGUGUAGAGAGAAGUGGAGGAGUUAACUGUCGGUGACAACUGACCUAGAGAAAACAAAAUGCAAUUUGCAAUUCACUUAAUUCUUGCUAAGGUGCUAAAACCUUUCUCUGGCCUGUGCAGUUUUGGAAUGCAAGUGGGAACGCAGCUGAUAAUAUCCUUUUAAGAAAAGGAAAAGAACACCUCCUGCAUAAAGAAAACCAGCAUCUCAGGGAGACGGCUAGGCCCUUCUUCCUCCCAACUACUUUUCUGCAUACAGAGGACUUUGAAACAAAGCAAUGAUCAAGUCGGUCCCCUACCCGCCAUUUGAAGUGGUACAGUCCUGACAGAGGUCAACUAUUUCGGUGGCCACGUUGGCGAAGCGCAAACUAAUAACGCAAAGAACUCCAGUUGUAAAAUGACGUGCCUUCGUCAAGUUUUGAAUAAUUGCACAAGGGUUGUGGUGGCAGGAGAUGACACGUUAGAAGCACUCCGAAUAGCGGGAGCUCAUAGUGACGCCGUCCUAGGGCAGCAUGCCCCGUCGUUACCGUUGCUUCCAAUAAUUUUAGCCAAGCCGAUUUGUUGCAGGGCAACUGUUCUUGGGAAAGCACUGAGUUCACCAUGGCCUGGAAAACUGUCAAAAAUAUGGUUCGGGCCACGAGACAGGAAACUUUGCCCCAUCAAAGCCUCCUCCAGAACCAGGGGUGGAAUUCUAGCAGGAGCUCCUUUGCAUAUUAGGCCACACACCUCUGAUGUAGCCAAUCCUCCAAGACCUUACAAGGCUCUUUUUGUAAGCUCUUGGAGGUUCGGCUACAUCAGGGGGCGUGGCCUAAUGUGCAAUGGCGCCCCUGCUAGAAUUUCACCCCUGGCCAGAACAAUCACCAUCCACUACUAAAUCUUUGUUUCGACGGUGUGUCUGAGCUGCUUUUCUGAAUUAGUCGUUACCCACUCAUGAUGCUAGGUGCGUCGCUGCUGUGGAAAGACUGUGGGUGCCAUUCAGUUUCGAUGUCUGUUAUUGCACAAAUACAGGUUCUGUGAGACACGGAAUGGGAGCAUUUGGGGUCUCACAGAUGUUUACAAAAUAAAUUGACUUGAUAACUUUGGAAA